AUGUCUGAGUGGAAACCCCCGGCCUUUGGUACUCCCAUCUGGAUGGGCAUUCCGGCCAAUGAUGUGACCCGGGCCUCAGAAUUCUACAAAACUGUCUUUAAGUUCUCUUUUUCAGAGGAAACCGAGAAACAUCCCAAAGACCAACUCAUGAAAUUUGACUUCAACCCAAGCCUCAGUCUGACAGGCGGCAUUCAGAAAGCCCCUGAUCACACUGGCCAUUUUGCUCCUGGAAAGGGAGGUAUUUGCAUUUACUGGUUUGUCGAUGAUGUCGAAGCUAUUGGCUCUGUCAUUGAAAAGGCUGGUGGAAAGAUGUUGAGCGAAAGGGAAAAGGAAGGCGAAUUUGGUUUAUACCGAUUCUUUGAGGACACUGAGGGAUCCGUUGGUGCCGUUUAUCAGAUGGCUUGA